CCCGUCGAUACGAGGAGUCUGCCGGGCGGUGCUGUCCCAGGUGUCCUCCAGCCCUUCGAAGAGUUCAGCUGAUGAGCGCGGACUAAGGACUGGGCUGGCUGUGCUGCGCUGUGUCAGCUCUUGUCCACCAUGGUGUGGACCCUCCUUCUGGCUCUCCUGCUGCUCUUUCUGCUGCAGACCCAACUUUGCGUGUGUCUCCGGGGGCUUCGUGCUGCCGCCGCACCCCUCCCGGUCAAUGCUACGCAGCGCCUGCCCGGCGCCAUCAUCAUCGGCGUGCGCAAAGGUGGCACGCGAGCCCUGCUGGAAAUGCUCAACUUGCACCCCGAUGUAGAAGUGGCCAAGGCUGAGGUGCACUUCUUCAACCGGGACGAGAACUACCGUCGCGGACUGUCUUGGUACCGUGCCCAGAUGCCUGUGUCCCUGCCUGGCCAGCUGACCGUGGAGAAGACCCCGGGUUACUUUGCAUCCCCAGAAGCACCCGGAAGAGCGCGGGAUAUGGACCCAGCCGUGCAGCUAUUGCUGAUCGUGCGGGACCCGGCGGAGAGGCUAGUGUCCGACUACACGCAAGUGCUGCACAACCGGCGGCAACGCGACAAGCCGUAUCCCCCCCUGGAGGAGCUGCUGCUGCGCAACGGCCGCAUCGACGCCAGCUACAAAGCCCUGCAGCGCAGCCUGUACCACCUGCACCUGGGGCGCUGGCUGGCCCACUUCCCACGAGCCCAGAUCCACGUGGUGGACGGCGACGCGCUCAUCAAAGACCCCUUCCCCGAGCUCCUCCGGGUGGAGCGCUUCUUGGGGUUGCCCCCUCGCAUCAGCAUCUCCAACUUCUACUUCAACGUCACCAAGGGGUUUUACUGCCUGCUUUCCGCCGGCCGAGACAAGUGCCUGGACGAGUCGAAGGGCCGGCCUCACGCCCCGAUCGGCCGCUCGGCCCUGCGGACGCUCUGCCGCUUCCUGGAGGAGCCCAAUCGCCUUUUCUUUAGCAUGGUGGGCAGGUCCUUUGCCUGGUGCUGAUGGCCAACCCAAAACCCAGAGGGCUGCAUUUGCAGUUCGCACGCUGGUCGGGACAAAGGAAAUGGGCGACUCCUGAGUCCCCCGUGAGCUCCCAUGUAGCCUCCUUCACAGAGCAAAGCUGUCUGGAGGCUGAUGGGACUGUCCAUCAGCGUAUAUCAAAGUGAAUAUGUACUGCUUGAAGGAUGGGACGCCGCUGCCCGUUACCGCUAUGCACUGUGGCACGACAGAAACCCACCUCUUGCGGACUGCACGCGAGCCGGCCUAAGAGGAAUUCGGGGCGGAAAGCGACGCCUGCUGACUUUGCCCUGCUCUUUGUGCUCGCUGCACAGAUUAUCAAGGACAAUUUUCAGAAGCGAUUGUGUCCUGGUCAUGUAGAGUUAUAGCUAGUUGUUUCUACUGACUCGUGUGCGGUCAUGUGUCACGCACGGUCACUCAUGCACGUGGAACUGAGGUGUGUGUUUAAACAAUUAAACUUCACUUUUAUUGAAA